GAUUGGAAAGUGGAGAAGAUCCUUCAGAUUUUGGGAGAAAGACUCUGCUUGGAUUUGCCUUCACUAUGACAUGGCAUUAAAUUCACUAAUAUUACACUUCAGUUAACUGAGAUUAUAAUCACAGGCUUGUUUGACAUGUGUUUGGGGAAAACUUAAGAAGGAAUUCACUUUGGGUAAUAAGUUCCUUUUACCAGUUGAUGAGAAAGUAAAACUGACUUCAAAGUUUUUGUGAGAAAACUCUCAUUUGGUUUUGCUUUCAUUAUGAAUUGUCAUUAAAUUCUAUUUGUUCCAUUCCUUUCGAGCCAUUUGAUUGCUUUUACCACUUUCAAUUACUUGAUUAAAAAUACUAUGGCAGGAGAUGUUAUCAAUUAGAUUUCAAAAUUUUCAGGAUGCGCCCAGAAUCCAAGAUGAAAUUUCUGAUCUUAAUGACAGAUUACAAAACAGGAUGUGUAAUUUCCACAAUUACAUGUAUUUGCUAUAGAUCUUCUCUUAGGCGAAAUAUGUUAUAACGAUUAGUUCAAAUUUUGCCAGGGUUGUGAAGAAGUAUGACCACGACUUUCUUUUAACUUUUUUCCUUUUUUUUAAAAGUUGCUUUUGCAUUAUUUUUGUUUAGAGCUCUCUUAAUAGCCAUGAUUGUAUGAAUUCUAGAUAUAUUUUCUGUUCCACUGACAAUAAUGGAUGUCAAAUCAUCCAGUUUGAUGGCUUUAUUGACCUUGAUGCGUACGAUACUAUAGCCAUGAGGCUUAGAGGUGAUGGAAGAUGUUAUAUAUCAACUAUAUACACGGAGAACUGGGUUAAUUCGCCCGGACAGCAGGAAGAUAAUUCAUGGCAAGCUUUCAUUCUCGCACCCAAGGAUACAUGGCAUAUCGCAAAGAUUCCUUUAGAUCGAUAUUUGCCGACGUGGAGAGGAAACGUGAUCGAUGCCAAGUUAGAGAUGAACCCAUCCCGCAUCGUCGGGAUGUCUCUCUCCGUAAAUGCAGAGGGUGGUGUUCCCGGUGCCAGGACCGGACCUGGAGACUUCAAACUAGGGAUUGAUUGGAUUAAAGCUUUGAGAACUUAGAUAUCACGUUUUCAAAUGCAGCUUUUUGUUUAAACUCGAUUUUAGUUUGACCAACGAAAGAUCUUUUCAGUAGAGGUGGCAUGCCGGCAGGUUGGCUUGGUGUUUUUCGGGUCUCUAUAUGGUUGAGUAUUGGUUUUGAGUCAUUAGGUUCCGAUUUUUCUCGGGUUUCAGGUUUUCCGUGGUUCAGAUAGCCACAUGUUUUGGAUCUUUUCGUUUUUCGGUUUCUGGUUUGGAUUAUCUCAUCUUCGAGUUCUUCUCUACUUCUGAUUUCACUUUUACUCAGAUUAGGUUUUGGAUUAUCUUGUGGCUCGGCUGCUUUGGGUCAAUAAGAAAUGGUCUUCUCCGCGUCGAGGUCAUUUUCGGUUCCAGAUUGCUCCAGGAUCAGUUCAUUGACUUCUGCAUCUUUUUCUUUUUCUUUUUUUAAAUCAAUUUGUGAAUUAUGCGUCGAGCCGACUUUUCCCCCUCUGCCUUUCUGUGCGGAAUUUCGAGGAUUUUUCAUAUUUUACAGUUGUUCCAGUAUGCCAUCUAAUGUAUUGACAAUGUACAUCAACAUGAGUUAUCCAAAGAAUAACUCCAGAUCAAAUGAGUUAUGGGUGAGUUUUACUUUCUCUCAUUUAAUAAUAAUUGGUUCAUUAUCUGAUGAUCCCACCAAGGGAAGAUAUUUUGCUGUGGAAUUUGGUGGGAAAAAUAAACUAACAAUUAUGUCUUUGUCACCAUAGUUCAAGCAAGGUGUAUUCUUGUGACC